AGAUGGCGGCGGCCGCCAGCCCCGGCGGGGCCGCGGGGCCGCUGCGAGGAGCCUGAGGGACCCAGCGGCGCUCGGCGGGGAGACGCGGCGGCGGAGGAUGAGCCUGCAGAGCGCGCAGUACCUCCGGGGAAGAUCCAAAUUAGGAAGUGAGUCCAGAUGGAUAAAACAGAUAUCCAGAUGAAUACGGCCUGUAUGGUGGUUCUUCAGGAAAAAAAGUAAUAGAGCAAAUCCAGCACCUCUAUUUCUUCUAUUGUCAUUUCAGGGACCAGCUAAAGAAGAAGUGCCCAGUGCCAGGACCUUGUUGCUGGUUAUCCUGUCCUAUCUUGUUGACUAUGGUUCAUCGGGUACCCUAAUGAAACAAUUACUCAAGAAGGAUUGUGUGUCUUCUGUAGCCAGCUAUCUAAGGUCGAGCUCACAGCCUGGCAGGCAGAAGUCCUGAAGGCUGACAUGACAGAUUCCAAACUGGGUCCAGCUGAAGUCUGGACAUCCAGGCAGGCUCUCCAAGACUUGUACCAGAAAAUGCUAGUGACCGAUCUGGAGUAUGCCUUAGACAAGAAAGUAGAACAGGACCUCUGGAAUCAUGCCUUUAAGAAUCAGAUCACAACACUACAGGGUCAGGCAAAGAAUCGAGCAAACCCAAACCGGAGUGAAGUUCAGGCAAACCUUUCUCUGUUCCUUGAGGCAGCUAGUGGCUUCUACACUCAGUUAUUACAAGAGCUGUGCACAGUGUUUAAUGUAGAUUUACCCUGCCGUGUGAAGUCCUCCCAGUUGGGAAUUAUCAGCAAUAAACAGACGCACACCAGCGCCAUUGUGAAGCCACAGUCUAGUUCCUGCUCGUAUAUCUGCCAGCACUGCCUCGUCCACCUUGGAGACAUUGCUCGUUAUAGAAACCAGACCAGCCAGGCAGAGUCCUACUAUAGACACGCAGCUCAGCUUGUCCCCUCCAAUGGUCAGCCUUACAAUCAGUUGGCGAUUCUAGCGUCCUCCAAAGGAGACCACCUGACCACAAUUUUCUACUACUGCAGAAGCAUUGCUGUGAAGUUCCCUUUCCCAGCUGCCUCCACCAAUCUUCAAAAAGCACUUUCUAAAGCACUGGAAAGCCGAGAUGAGGUGAAAACCAGAUGGGGUGUAUCUGACUUCAUCAAGGCCUUUAUUAAAUUCCAUGGUCACGUGUAUCUGAGUAAGAGCUUGGAGAAGCUGAGCCCUCUUCGAGAGAAGUUGGAAGAACAGUUCAAGAGGCUGCUAUUCCAAAAAGCCUUCAACUCUCAGCAGCUAGUUCACGUCACAGUCAUUAACCUGUUUCAGCUUCAUCACCUACGUGACUUUAGCAACGAGACAGAGCCGCCCAGUUAUAGCCAGGACGAGCAGCUCUGUUGGACACAGCUCCUGGCCCUCUUCAUGUCCUUUCUUGGAAUCCUGUGCAAGUGUCCACUCCAGAAUGAUUACCAGGAGGGGCCCUGGGGGUCGUAUCCCCUUCCUGCAGUCAAGGUCUCGAUGGACUGGUUGAAACUUAGACCCAGUGUCUUCCAAGAGACAGUGGUCGACGAAAGACAGUAUAUUUGGCCCUGGCUGAUUUCCCUUCUAAACAGCUUCCAGCCUCAUGAAGAAGAUCUCUCCAACACUAAUGCUACCCCUCUUCCAGAGGAGUUUGAGUUACAGGGAUUCUUGGCUCUGAGACCUUCUUUCAGAAACUUGGAUUUCUCCAAAGGCCACCAGGGGAUUACAGAAGACAAGGAAGGCCAGCAGCGGCGAAUUCGACAGCAGCGUUUGAUCUCUAUAGGCAAGUGGAUUGCAGAUAAUCAGCCAAGGUUGAUUCAGUGUGAAAAUGAGGUAGGAAAAUUGUUGUUUAUCACAGAGAUCCCAGAACUGUUCCUAGAAGACCCCAGUGAAACCAAAGAGAACCUUGUACUGCAAGAAACAUCCAUUGUAGAGUCAUUGCCUGCAGAUGGGAGCCCAGGACUCAAAUCGGUACUGUCUACAGGCAGAAAUCUAAGCAACAACUGUGACACAGGAGAGAAACCGAUGGUUACCUUCAAAGAAAACAUCAAGCCCCGAGAGCUAAACCGAGAGCAAGGAAGAAGUUAUGCACCCAAAGAGGUGAGAAGGGACUAUAGCAAAGGAUUACCAAUCACCAAGAAUGAUAUAAAGAAGGAUAACAACAAAAGAAAGAACGAGACCAAGAAAUGCACCAUGGAGAAGUUGCAGGAAGCAGGAAAGCAGAAUGUGGCAGUGCAGGUAAAAUCCCAGGCAGAGAUGAGGAAGACCCCAGUGUCUGAGGCCAGGAAGACCCCAGUCACGCCAACUCCAAGCCAGGCGAACAGCUCUCAGUUCAUCCCGAUUCAUCACUCAGGAGCCUUCCCUCCUCUUCCCAGCAGGCCAGGGUUCCCGCCCCCAGCGUACGUGAUCCCCCCUCCUGUGGCAUUCUCUAUGAGCUCGGGUUACACCUUCCCAGCUGGUGUUUCGGUCCCUGGAACCUUUCUUCCGCCCACAGCUCACUCUCCAGCAGGAAACCAGGUGCAAGCUGGGAAACAGUCCCACAUUCCUUACAGCCAGCAACGGCCCUCUGGACCAGGGCCGAUGAACCAGGGACCUCAGCAGCCACAGCCACCUUCCCAGCCACCCCUCCCCUCGUUACCAGCUCAGCCGACAGCACAGAACGCAAGCCAGCUCCAGGUCCAGGGCCUGGCUCAGCAGCAGCAGCAGUCCCCAACGAAAGCCGUGCAGGGCCUUGGGAAGAGCCCCCCCCACCACUCGGGAUUCCAGCAGUACCCUCAGACAGAUGCCGCCAAGCAGCUGUGGAACCCACCUCAGGUCCCAGGCCCGUUAGGGAAGAUCUUGCCUGUGAAACAGUCCUACUACCUUCAGACCCAGGACCCCCUAAAACUGUUUGAGCAGUCCUUGCAACCUCCUGUGAUGCAACAGCAGCCUCUCGAGAAAAAAAUGAAGCCUUUUCCCAUGGAGCCAUAUAACCAGAACCCCUCAGAAGUCAAAGUCCCAGAUUUCUACUGGGAUUCCACCUACAGCAUGACGGAUAAUCGCCCACUGAUGGCCCAGCAAGCCACUGUAGACCGGAGGGGCAAACGCCAACCGGGAGUCUUCCGCUCAGAGCAGGAGCCUGUGUCCAGGAUGCCAUUUGAGGACCCCAAGAGCUCCCCUCUGCUUCCUCCGGACCUGGUAAAGAGUCUGGCUGCCUUGGAGGAAGAGGAAGAGCUGAUUUUCUCUAACCCUCCCGAUCUAUACCCAGCUCUACUGGGGCCUCUCGCCUCCCUUCCUGGACGAAGCCUCUUUAAGUCCCUGUUGGAGAAACCCUCUGAGCUCAUGUCUCACUCAUCCUCUUUCCUGUCCCUCACUGGCUUCUCUCUCAAUCAGGAAAGGUAUCCAAAUAACAGCAUGUUCAACGAGGUAUAUGGGAAAAACCUAAAUACCAGCACAAAAGCAGAGCUGAAUCCCUCCAUGACCCACCAGGAGACGUCGCUGUAUUCCCUCUUCGAAGGGACACCGUGGUCUCCAUCUCUUCCAGCCAGUUCAGACCAUUCGACACCAGCCAGCCAGUCUCCCCACUCCUCCAAUCCAAGCAGCCUGCCAAGCUCUCCUCCGACGCACAACCAUAAUUCUGCCCCAUUCUCCAAUUUUGGGCCCAUCGGAACCCCAGAUAACAGAGACAGGAGGAUGGCAGACCGUUGGAAAACGGACAAGCCAGCUAUGGGUGGAUUUGGCUUUGAGUAUCUCCCCGCCACCUCAUCUUCCUCCGAGAGCAGCUGGCACCAGGCCGGCAACCCAAGCGGCACCUGGACGGGCCACGGCCCCUCCAUGGAGGAUUCCUCUGCGGUCCUCAUGGAGAGCCUCAAGUCCAUCUGGUCCAGUUCUAUGGUGCAUCCUGGACCUUCGGCCCUGGAGCAGCUGUUGAUUCAGCAGAAGCAGAAGCAGCAGCGUGGACAAGGCACCAUGAACCCACCGCACUGAGGCCAAGGUGGCAAUCCUUGGGAACGAAGGCUCCAUAAACCAUGGCAUGUUGGGUUUGCAGGACUGGCCCACACAGUCCCCUGCAGGUGGCAGCCCUCUUUUCUGUUUCUUGCCGUCGAGAGGGUGUAAGCGUUCCACCGGCCCGCUGAGUGUGCACGAAAUGUCUGCAGUGCAACAACAACAACAAACGACAACAACAACAACAACAAAAAACCACCAUCAGGAACUCUCCCGUCCCCCCGGGGCUCACCGGAGGGAGAGAGGAGCUGCUGUUUGUCUCACUCAGUCACUCAGUUACCUGAUAUCACCGCCUCUCACCUUCUCCAUCGUGCAUGUCCCCAGCCACAUGGGAAGGGAAAGCUGAGAACGGAAGGCAGAUGGGAGAAGCCAAUGAGAACUUUCUCGAUCCUUUUUCCCCCUCGGGGGAAUAAAAUAGGAAUCCAUUAACGAUUGCUUUGCCGACUGAGAAUGCAGUAGUUGAAAUUA